GUGGUCCUCUCCCUCUAUAUAAUUACACCAUUUUCUUCUUCUUACUUCUCUCUUUCUUUCGACAAGCACAAACAAUUAUACUUCUUAUCUAACCCACAAGCGAUAGCAAAAAAGAGAGAGUACUUUAUUGGAUACAGAUAUAUACAAUCUCUACAUAAAAAUUCAAAAAAAAUGUCAAGCAGAAGGUCGAGACAAGCAAGCUCAUCGUCAAGGAUUAGCGAUGAUCAGAUCACUGAUCUUAUAUCAAAGCUCCGACAGUCCAUUCCAGAGAUUCGUCAAAACCGUCGUUCCAACACGGUAUCAGCAUCGAAAGUGUUACAGGAGACUUGCAACUACAUAAGAAACUUGAACAAAGAAGCCGAUGACCUUAGUGAUCGGUUGUCUCAGCUUCUGGAGACAAUUGAUCCUAAUAGCCCACAAGCAGCCAUUAUCAGAAGCUUGAUUAGUGAAUAACUAAGAUAUAUGUUGAUUAGUUGUGCUUUAUAUAUCAUUUUACUAUCACCUGCGCUAGUUGAACCAUCAGGGUUUCUGCAUAAUUAUCUAUUAUCUGUUUUUUUUUAUAUUGAUUACAAGUUGAGCUAGCUAGGGUUCAUAUUCAAUACUAUUUUGGUUUAACUCAA